CGUCUCUGAGAUUGUUCUCGUUGACAGAGUGGAUCGUAGUCGAACCCUAAUGCCUGCUCAGGCGUGUUCUGCUUCGUAAUUGGUUGUGGAAUCGAUUCUCAAAUCUCAGCUCUGACGUCGCCUAAUCGGACUCGAAUUUCCGUGGAGGCUUUGAAGAUUUGCUGACAAAACAUGGGAUGGUCCAGGCGUUCUCUUCCGCAAUUGUGGCAUUUUUUGUCCAGGAAGCCUGUGACCUGUCAGAUAAAACAUGGACCUGACUUGAAGCUAGUGGUGGGUCACGAGACAACUCAGAGACUUUAUACAGUUUCAAGGACUGGGGGAUCGAGAGGGCAACCAGGAGCCACGGGAGAACUGCAGAGUUGGAUCUCUCGGGAUGAGGGUCAAACUAGAGCUCUCGGAAGACCUUCGCGUUCUGAAUUUAGACGCAAAAUCAUACAUACAAACAGGAAUCGUACACCUCAUGUUGAGGCAGCUGCAAGCGAGGGACUGGAAGAAUAUCUUGAAGAUGACGCACUUCUUGACGAAAUUGGUGAUCUGGAGGCUGAAACCCAGAUGCCUGCACCAUCUACAAGAGCCAGUCGAGAUGCAGAGGAUGCUAUGUUACCGAAAAUUAUGAUUGUAGGUCGGCCGAAUGUGGGGAAAUCAGCCUUGUUCAACAGGUUGACUCGUAGGAGAGAGGCGCUAGUCUACAACACACCCGAUGGUCAUGUUACUCGGGACGUCCGAGAGGGUAUUGCAAAGUUGGCAGGAUUGAGGUUUAAGGUACUGGAUACUGCAGGCUUAGAGACCUUCACAGAAGAUGAAAGUAUACUCGCGAGAACUGCCGGAAUAUCGGCAACUGCACUUCGAAAAUGUCAAAUUGCUCUUUUUUUGGUGGAUGGCAGAGCUGGGUUGCAGCCUCAGGAUACGGAUGUUGGGAAGUGGUUACGGAAGACUGCACCUCAUGUCAAAGUAGUGGUUGCACUCAACAAAGCUGAGGGUAUCUACAAUGACUCAACCGGAAGACUAAUGGCAGCCUUGGGAGAGACACAUCAGUUAGGCUUCGGUGACCCUACUCCAAUAUCUGCUGAGUCUGGAGAGGGAAUGGGUGAUUUGUAUGACACCUUACGGCCACUUUUAGAAGAAGCUCAAGCUGAAAUUCUCAAGAAUUCACCAGAGGGCGUUUUGGAACCAAAAGAAGCAGAUGACGAUAGCCACUUGAACAGAAUGCCUAUGCAGCUUGCAAUCGCAGGACGCCCCAAUGUGGGGAAGUCAACUCUGGUGAAUGCACUUCUAAGAGAAGAACGAGUACUGACUGGUCCUGAACCUGGAUUGACAAGAGAUUCUGUUUCAUCACAGUUUGAAUAUGAUGGGCGAAAAGUGCGCCUGGUUGACACUGCAGGUUGGAUGCAAAGAGUGCAAGUGAAGGAGGGUCCUGCUGCCUUGAGCGCCAUGCAUGCCAGAAGAGGUGUUAUGAAUGCGCACAUAGUGGCUCUGGUUCUUGAUGGUGAAGAGAUAGCAAACACGAGAAGCAGCAUGCGCCAUGCGGAAGCUGCACUAGCAAGGUGGGUCGUUCAAGAGGGCCGGGCUCUGGUCGUAGUAGUGAACAAAAUGGAUCUGCUUUCUGGGAAAGAAAAUGCAAAGCUGAGAGGUAAUGUCAUGAAGGCAGUACCAGCAGAGAUACAGGAGAUACUCCCCCAGGUAUCUGGAGUUCCUAUAGUUUUUGUGUCAGCAUUAGAGAAGAAAGGAAGUGCGGCUAUCAUGCGGAACGUCUUUCAGUGUUACGAAAAGUGGUGCACUCGACUAAGCACUGCGCAGCUUAAUCGAUGGCUUCGAAAGGUAAUGAGUAGGCAUCCAAAAAAUACUUCCGGGCAAGGACACGGAGCGAAGGUGAAGUUCAUGACACAAGUGAAGGCUCGACCACCCACGUUUGUAGUUUUUGUUAGUGGUGUCGGUGAGCUGGAGGAUACAGAUCUGCGAUUUUUAGCUUCUGCCCUGAGGGAAGAUUUUGGCCUGGACGGCAUUCCCCUUAGGAUCCUUCAAAGGAGCACGAAGAAGUAGGCAGGAUAUGACUUGUUCGUUUGUAAAUAAUUUUUGUGUACAACCUCAUUCCACCUUAUUCAGAUGCCGUGGUUAUCUUAUUAUCAACUUGCGUGAAGAUAUGAGCCAUGGAAACAUCAUACAUCUAGUACGCAGUACAACUGGCAAGAAUACCGAGAACUAAAUUUUUUGGAUAUGAAUCUGAUUGAAACACCAAACCAGGUUGAGUUCUCACUUCCUUCCAUGGAGUCUUCUACCCCGCUGCUGGUCUGAAGCGAUGAUUGACCACCUUAUCACCGGGACAAAGGGAUGUAACAGGGAAUAAACUUACACUACCGUGCCAAUCAAAGUACGCACUUUCCGAAGUCUGUGAGAA